UGUUAAUAAACAAAAACAUAACCUUAAAUUCAGAUUUUUAAUAUAAAAUAAAUUUAAAAUUUAAUAUAAAUUCUAAAUUUGAGGUUAUGCAUUUUUGUUUAUUAAAAGCAGUUAAUGGUGUUCCGCAAUGGCAAACAGUGGUUGUCUUUUAAAAAUUGGCUCCUCGUAGGUGCAUUUAAUUUAAAAAGAAUAUUUCUCUCAACUCGGAUUGAAACAAAAAAAUCGAAAAAAAUACCAGUUAUCCUGAAAUGUUGUACUUUCAUUUACGCACAAGAAAUUGAAAAUUCAUUACGAUAAACGACGUCAGGAAGUAAAAUAAGAAAUUUUUUUGUAGCCGUCGGGUGCUGCCCCAGAUUUUAAUUUCUUGGAGGCAAAUGAAAGUACACAGGGUGUUUUCGACGUUGACACUCUGAGCGCUCUGAGAGCUCGAAAAGGUUCUCAACCACAUUUUAUUAUUUUAGUGUAUUUAACCUAACCUAAUCCAAUGCAAUCUUCUCAUUACGUUUUCAAGACCGGUGAAGACCACGCUGUUGCAUCAUGGAGGAAAGAAUAAUUUUAAAUGAUUUACUUUUAAAGAACAAUAAAACAUUAUUCAAAAAUAAUGGUCGCAUUUCAUGCGACGUAACGAACGUUGAUACGGGACUACUGCAAAAACGACAGAAGACUUCUGAUGAUUUGUUAAUGAGGCUAAAUCUGAAAAAUCAACAUCAUUAAAAUGUUUUUAGAUAACAAAGAAAAACAAAAUCAAAUUCGAACAUCUUCUCCGGAAUUUUUAUUUAAUAAUCUAAGCCAUGAAAUGGAAAAUGAUGAAACAGAAGGUGUUGAGGAAAUUACGAGAGUGCCGACACCUCCUCCUUUGCCACCAGCAGAACGAAGCUCACUCGGUCCAGAUAAUAUUCCAGGUCCACCAGAAGAGAUACCUGUGAAGCUUGAUGAAGAUCCAGUUUGGGAUCCAAUUCGAUCUUAUCUACCAUCUUUAUUGUGGUUGGAACAAUUUAAGCCGGGACUAAUUAAGGCCUUAUUUGAUAUGGUAAAUACUCUAAGCCAUGGAAAUAAUCACGAAUGUACUCUCAAACGAGUAAUAGGAUUGAAAGAUCGCUUCGCACUGUCAAGUGAAAUUUAUGAUUUACCUAAAUUAAAUGAAGCUUCGUCGCAAACAAAUAUUCAUUUUCCAUAUGAACAAAUUGAAGCCUCAACUCAAACAAUCAACUACUUACCUCAACAAACUGAAUCUGCAAUUCAAAAUGAAAUCAAGCUGAUGUUUCAACGUUCUAUUCAAACUAAUCCUAUGCAAAUUCUCUUCAGUUAUGAUAAUACAUCAAAUUUAAAGACGAUAAAUAUGAAUUCAAAUGGUUCUAAUUGUAACACUUCAUUCAUUAGCCGAUCAAGAAACAAAAAUAUAAAAAAUUUAAAAACACCACGACUUUGCUGGAAUUGCAGAAAAGCUGGCCAUCCUUAUUCAAAUUGUACUGAAAUAAAACGUAUAUUUUGUCACAUGUGCGGACGACAUGGUUAUACAACAAAAACUUGUCCUAAUUGUAGAGAGACUUGGAGAGCAAUGGGACCUUAUCAUUCAAAAAUAGGAAUAAACUUACCAAGAAGAACUUCAAACUUUAUUUAUAAUAGAUAUAACUACAUUAAUCAUCCAUGAGAAUGUAACAUUGCGAAUUGUCUUUGAAAAUAAAUUACAGCUAACAGUGAA